UGAAGUUGACUUUAUUAUUAUUGGGCAUAUCUAUGCUAUUGUUUCUGGGCCUAACCGAAGCCCAAGUGCCAGGACAGGGCGAGGCCAUGGGAGCAGCUCAGGCGGGUGUAGGAGCGGCUGGUGGUGCUGGUGGCAAUUUUGAAGCUCAUGGCAAUGGGGCUGCCGAUGGGGCCGAAGAUGGUGCCGGGGCUGGAGCUGGCGUGAGUGCUGGCAUUGGGGCACAAGCUCAGGGUGGUGCAAGUGGAGCAGGUGGAAGACGACGCUAAUCUUUAGAGUGAAAAAAAUAUUCCAUUCCCCCAAGUUUUAGUUGUUUACUCACCGGAGAAGGCAGCAAGCCCUCACAACGUAGUGCAACACUCAAAAACACAUACGCACACAUACAUACAAACACACACACAUACACAGGUUAUUGGCGCCAGUUCACAGUGUCAUAAUUGAUUUGGAAUCGAGGGGCGGGCACGUAGUUCCCCGCCAUUGAAAUCGGCACACUUCAAAUAAACGAAAACCAAAUAUCACCUA